AUGAGAAGCUUUCACAGAAACCGUUCUCUCGAAACCAUUCUCCACUUUCUUAAGGUUUUCGCCACUCUCUUGCUUUUUUACCAUUCCUCUUUCUUCCCCAUUCUCCUCCAAUCAUUUUCUCAUAUCUAUGAUCUUUCCAUCACCGUCUUCUCCAACUCUUUCUUCGCAUUUCUCAUCCUCAAUGCCAUCAUUCUCUUCCUCUAUAUACUCUCCAAUCAAAACGGCGACGUUUCCGACGAGGACACUUAUAACCAUAACCAUAACGAAAACGAAAACCAGUUUCUUCAAAUAACCGCAUCAGAGUUAGUUACUGAUCCGGUAGAGUCUUUGCCGGAGAAACAACAAGAUCAAGUAGUAGAGAUGGCUUCACCAGAGAACCAACGUGAUUUGUGUCCGGUUUUUAAGGAAACUGUCACGGCGGUUACUGAGACCAUGACCACGACAAUGACAUGUUGCACGACUGUGACAACGAGUGGAGAUGAUGAUGAUAAGGUUUCGAUUUCAGAGAAAAAAUGUUACCGGAGAGUUCAGUCGGAGUUUUAUGAACGGCGAGAGUUGAAGAAGGAACUUUGUUAUGUGGAAAAUAUGAGUAAAGAAGAGUUUAAUAGAACCGUAGAGGAAUUCAUAGCGAAACAUAAGAGGAUGCAAAGGGAGGAACAUGAACAACUACGGUCUCAAAAAACUGAGUAUUUGGCUUUGGUUCCAUAAUAGGAAAAUAGUUAUAAUAAUGAAAGGAAUCAUAGUCCAUUUUUUCAGUUGACUAUGUAAUUUUCUUGAUUGUAAUAUUUGAUCCCAGAUUUAGGGUUUAAUGGAAUAUAUCUUUACUUUUGAUAAAUGUGCAUGUUAUGUGAUUGUGUUGUUUCUAAAAUUUCUAUAAGCCUAUAAGGAUUAAAAAA